CAAGCAAACAUGGCAGCCUUCUACUGUAGCGCACUGUCCUAAGGUUGUUUUUUAUUUUGAAAGAUUAUAACAAAAAGAAGUCAAACAUGCUCAGCCUGACUUUAAAAGAGGUGUCCCUGGCGUUCAGGGAGGGAAGAAUCUCACCAACAGAGCUCUGUAGGAAGUGUCUGAAUCGCAUCAAGAAAACUCAGCAUCUUAACGCCUACAUCACAGUGACAGAGGAGCUGUCCCUGAAGCAGGCUCAGCAGUCUGAAACCAGGCUGCAACAAGGUGUCCCGUUAGGUCCCCUGGAUGGAAUCCCCUUUGCAGUCAAGGACAACUUCUGCACUAAGAAUGUCAAAACCACAUGUGCUUCCAGGAUGCUUAAAGACUACACUCCACCCUACAAUGCCACAGUGGUACAGAAGCUCCUGGACCAAGGGGCUGUUCUGAUGGGAAAGACCAACAUGGAUGAGUUUGCCAUGGGUUCUGGCAGUACUGAUGGGACUUACGGGCCGGUAAAGAACCCGUGGACCUACGCUGAGCCCUACAGAACACAGACAGGAGCAGCACCAGACUCAGACUGGAUUGUAACUGGAGGAAGUUCAGGAGGAAGUGCUGUAGCUGUGGCCUCGCUCACCAGCUACCUGGCUUUGGGUUCGGACACAGGCGGCUCAACCCGUAACCCCGGAGCUUUGUGUGGCGUUGUUGGCCUAAAGCCCAGUUAUGGUCUGCUAUCCAGACAUGGCCUCAUCCCAUUGGUCAACUCCAUGGAUGUCCCUGGAAUAUUUACACGUAGCGUCAAUGAUGCAGCCAUCGUCUUAGGUGUCCUCCAAGGCCUUGAUGUUAGAGACUCAACCACAGUUCCUGCCCCCUCCUCACCAACAGAGCUUCCUGAAGACUUUGAUGUGAGGAACAUCUGCAUAGGCAUCCCUAAGGAGUACCAUGCCCCCGGGCUGUCUGAAGACACUCUAGCACAGUGGAGUCGAGUUGCCGACAUGUUUGAGAUGGCAGGAGCUCGGGUGGAGCAAGUUUCCCUCCCCCAUACCCAGUACUCCAUCGUCUGUUACUACGUCCUGUGUUGUGGCGAAGUGGCAUCCAACAUGGCUCGUUUUGACGGGCUUGAGUACGGCCAUCGGGGCGAGGUGGACAGCUCAACAGAGGCCAUGUAUGCCGCCACUCGACACGAGGGCUUCAAUGAUGUGGUCAGAGGAAGGAUACUGUCCGGGAACUACUUCCUGCUUAAACAGAAUUAUCAGCACUACUAUAUGAAGGCCCAGAAAGUGCGGCGGCUGAUCGCGGAUGAUUUCAACUCAGUGUUCGGCUCAGGAGUUGACGUGCUGCUGACACCCACCACGCUAACGGAUGCAGCUCGUUACAGUGACUUUUCACAGGAAGACAACCGCACACGCAGCGUACAGGAAGACGUCUUCACCCAGCCUGCCAACAUCGCAGGUCUGCCUGCUGUCACUGUGCCAACUGCAUUAUCAAGACGAGGACUUCCCAUUGGUUUACAGCUUGUAGGUCGAGUUCUGGAGGACAAGAAGCUGCUCAGUGUGGCCCAGUGGGUCGAGCAGAGGGUUGGAUUUCCCUCCAUCAGUGACUGUGACAUAGGAAUGAUCAAAAUGGAGCAGACCUCAGCCGUAUAAAGAAAGCUGUGCACCUAAGAAAACCAACUUUUAAAAGGACUUUAACAGAUUACCUUAUAGGACGUUUCUGUGAGGUAGUCUUAACCAACAACAAACUGCAGAAGCUUUAAGGUUCCUUAUUGGAGAGAAAUAUAUUUACCUUAUAACAUUAAUAAACCUAACUAAUGUACCACAUGCAUGCAGAAUACUUGCAUGUGAAAGAACUCAUCUUUCUUGUCUUAAAGUGGAGCAGGGAUUAGAUUUUUAAGUUGAUGUUUAUCAUCAUUUUUUUCCAAAGCUGUCCGUACUUUAACCUAUGGUUCAGUUUGAUUAUGAUUGAAGACACUAGUGUGCUUUACGUAAAUAUAUUUUCUUCCAAA